AUGGUUUCCUCUAUAGACUCAAUCACGUCCCGCCCCUCGUCUGCUCUGGCCUCUCCUCUGCACAGGAUGCCGUCGCGGUCGAGAACACAAAGCUUAUCCAGCGACCGGCCGUCGACUGUCUCGCACAGCCUGAUGUCGCCUCCGCUGGCCGUGUCACCCGAAGCGGCCUUCAUCGCCGCCUCUGCCGCCUCCCAAAUCGUCACCAACGAUCACGACAGUCACGCCGAGACCUGGUACGACCAGCAUGGAAUUGAACCGUCGGGCGAGACGGCUGCUGUGUCGCCCGCUGCGUUGCAGCUAGUCAACAACUUUCUGGACCAGCUGCUCUUCAACUUCCUCUCCGUCGCCCGCUCCACCACCCUCUCGGCACUCCGCCCGGCCGUGACCGAAGUCUUGAAGCCGAAGCUCGCCAAAGAUGCCAUCAAUCAGGCAGAUGAGGAGCUGAGAGAGUAUCUCGGUGGGGACGACGAAGAUGCACAGAUGCCGGCAGGAGAUGCCGGCUCGCCCGCUGAUUGGGACCUGGAAUUGGCCUGGAAGCGAACUCGCCUGCGUUGCAUGGUCUACUCAUCCCUCGGAGACAUGGAGGAAGAAGACGAAGACUACUAUAUGGAACAGGGCCACCUUGACAGCGGACUUGACGAGCGCAUCUCCGAGGCCGUGUCGCCCGCCGUCGCCAUCUUCUUGACAUCCAUACUGGAAUUCAUGGGUGAACAGGCCCUAAUUAUUGCAGGCCAAGCCGCAUAUCACCGAAUGCGGUUGAAGUACGAGAAAGAGCUCAAGGAAGGCGCGCGGAGCCCCACGGAUGUCGCCGAUAGGGUCAUUGUGGAGGAGCUUGAUAUGGAGCGAGUCGCGCUCGACCGGACCCUGGGUCGCCUGUGGAGAACUUGGAAGAAAAAGAUCCGAACCCCUGGAUUGGGGUCCACCGAUCGUUUGGCGCGAUCCUACUCCAUAGACUCGAUGCGCGGCGUUAUGGGCCAUAUGCGCUCCCCCAGCGUCGCUGCAGAACUUGCCGUUCCAUCCACCGUACCUGAACCCGACACCGAGAUGGACAACAGAACGACAGGCGCUCAAGACGAGCAAAUGGCUGAGGAGGUUUUGGAUGAGUUCAUGAUUGCUGCAGGUAUUCCGCUGCCAUUGGGACCGAACGACGUUGCCGAGAUUGAAGUGCCUGGGCUUGCAGCCUGCAGCGAUGACGAGGCCGAUGGGGAUGACGCUGGGCAGGAUGCCGGGCCUUCCCGUCCAAAGAGCUUGAUGAUACUGAGCGGCGCGCAAGAGCUGCUAACGGCGCCCGCAUCAGCUCAGUCAUUCACUCCUCUAACCGUCAAGAAGCGCCCAAAUUCACUUCCCGCACCUGCACGUACGCCAUACGUCUCACCUCCCAGCCCUCAGCAACAGAUGGCGUUGGCUGCCGGGGACGCUGAGGGCUCUGAGAUACCCGACGCGCGUUCGGCCGCGGCUUCAGAUGCAAGUGAAGAAGGCAGACAGGCGUUUUCCGACGAUCAUCAGGGCUCUGGUGAAGGUGUGACUAGCCUUGCUGACGACACAGAUGAUGAGAUGGAAGAAGACGUUGAUGACGAGGUAUCUGUGGAAGAGCCACGAAUUAUCAGAUCGUCAAGGGUUUCCAUCUUAGGCAGAAGUCCCUCUGGCGCGUCUUCCGAUCAGGGUAAGCCCAGUGCUAUCAACACCAGCUUGCCAGCCAGGACUCCGAGUAUCCAUUCCGCACGCUUGAUCGACGUUACCAGCCCCCGCAGCCCUGCCAUGGGCUCGCAACGCAGCUCCGUAGUCGUUGCUGAGCCGAUCCGCCAAGCAAGCCCGUCUCAUAUCAGCGAUGUAGGGCCCUCUCAUGCUGCUGAGGAUCGGUCACGGCACUCUUCAGACAGCACCUCAGGUGGCAAGCUGGCUGUGGAUCACGGUAGCAGAAACGGCUUGGCAGCGAGAGAGUCCAUCUCGGAAAUCGAAGAAGCAGCGGACAACGAUUAUUCUGUGUCACCCAUUACCCCGACUACUCCUACAAGCCAGACGGAGUCCGGCUUGCCUACUAUUCCGGAGCCGGUAUCCGAGAAGCGGCGUCAGCUGGUCGAGGCUACUGCUCAAGAGGCCGGGUCAGUGACUGUGAACGGUGUCGAUCGUAUUCAGGCGCCAUUGACCCCUCCUAAGCCUGUGACCAAGGUGACCAUAUUGCCUGCGACGGCAUCUCCGGCAUCAACCGCCUCGACUAUGAGCGGUACCUUUUUCAUCGAGUCGAUGCCGGUCCUGCCAGAAGGGAGACAGAUCCAAGAUCAGGUUUUGACGUUGGCUCAGAGACAUCGAUUAGGCCACCCCCCACCUGUUCCCGAACGAAAUGCUGGGCGACAACCCGCUGCCAAUAUCUCCGCUCAACGCCAGCCGGCCAUGAUUGGCCAAGUGUCUGUGGAGCGUUCCCGUGCCCGUAGCCCAUCCGCUCCGUCGCCGUACAAGUCCCAUGAGCCGGCGACCGGGCAGACUCGGCAGCAGCAUCCGUCUGGCUCCCCAUCGUCGACCAAGCUAAAAGCCGUACGAACUUCAGAGGAUGGCAUGCAGGCGCGUAUUGAUGUCGUGCGGGACUUUGAGGAACUUAUCCAAAGCGACCAAACCAUUCAGUACACCUUGACUCCCGAAAACAUGCGCGACAUUGACGCCGUAAGACAGGCUGCUCCUGGAAGCCCGGUUGUUUCUGUCAAGACGCGAAAAAGCGAAGAGGCUCGUCAGAAUGGAGUCCGCUCCCGUUCGUCGUCGGGUGCUAGGCCAAACGACUUUAGGAUGGCGCCAUCAGCGCACCGACCCUCGGGGUCCGGGUCACAUCCAGUUACUGACGCGCAUCAUGGCAACAGAAAUGUCACUUCUGGCACAGGCAAGCAUGGCGGCGUUGUGCCACGCUCUACUCCCCCAUUGCCAUCAAAACCUCGGGCUGCCAAUGGCCCUCAACCGAGAGAUGCCAGGUUGCCUCGAGAAUCGUUGAACGAUCUCGCCGAGUUCAUCCGCUCGACCGGUCCCAACGGUGGCCAAGCCCCUUCUUCCAACCCGCAGCCUCAGCCAGGUGCGAUUGGCCAACGGAACGCCAACCAUGCGUCGAAACCCAGCUCCGAGGCAGGCCGAUCGUCGACGACCAGCAAUCCCAAUCGGCCAAAGCUCCAGGCCCGCGGUGCAACCAUCGACUACAAGGAUGACAAUUCGGAUUUGAUUGACUUCAUCCGACGCGGGCCGCCAAGCACCCCAGGUAAUCCACGGAUUCCAAGGGCUGUUGCUCCAUUUCGGACCACGAUGGACUCGGAUCAGCUGGCUGGCGCAGUUGGUGGCAAAGCUGUGGAUGCUCAAUUGCGCGACGUUGAAGUCAGGAGUAGCCAAGCCUCCACCAACGUCACCGACUAUUCGGUGCCGCCUUCUCUCCACUCGUCGAUCAAUUCUCACAGUGCUCUUCUCGCACGGCACAAGACGUUCGCCAGCGAUGGCCCCGAUGCCGAUAUGCCGAUGCCGACACGCAAGACGCGGCGCGUUCGCGACCCCUACGCCAUCGAUGUCAGCGACGAAGAGCUCGACGAAAGCGGUGAUAUGCAGAUGCCGCAGCCCAACAAGCGCGGCCAGGCGAAGGAGGAGAGUCUUAUUGACUUUUUGAACAACUAUAAGCCACCGCCGGAGCCGCCUGUGCAGCCCUUCAACAUAGCGCAGACACGCAACAAGCCCAAGAAGAAGGCGAGCGCCCCCAGUCUCAUGUCCAGACUCACCAGACGCGACAGCGGGCAGGCGACAGGUUUGGGCUUGGGUACACCCGCAAGUCCAAAGGCAUCAGCGCAGGUCCCGGGUGAGUCGAGAAGUGUGAGCAGUCGUGCCAGCGGUGCCAGAGGUGGCCACAUUCCCAUCCAAGUGAGCAUACCUGCCGGGAUGGACCAGUAUGGCCCGCCGAGAACCUCGUCCAAGGCGGCAGCGAUGAUGAUGGGCGGCGGUGGCGGAGAAGGGCGUCCCGCGGCGGCAGCAGCGGCGGCGGGGCGCGUACCCAUGAAGAAGUUUGAGCCGCGUGAUGCGAUCGCGGUCCCGUCCCGCGCAACGUCGGAUCUGGCCGAGUUUUUGAAGCACUCGGGCCCCCCGCCCGGCAUGUCGGCUGCUGGUGGCGUGCCGAACCAGUUUGCGGGAGGCCCGCCGGAGCAGGAUGGAGAAGCCAAUGGCCUUUCGAGAGUGUUUGGGAGGCGGAGGAAGGCUAGUGUCUCGGCGAGGAAUGGCUUGUGA